UUCCAGAGUGAAAUAUUUCGUUGUUCGAAUCACUAAUCGCUUAGUUCAAUGUCAUCAAAUCCAUUUGACGAUAAUUAUGUAAAUCCGAGUAUUUACAAAGGACCGGUGAAAAGUUACACAACGAUGAAUUCCAACACUGGUGGUGAUAGUAUCGAAGACGAUGUUAAUUUCUACGAACAAGAACUGGAGCGUUACAUGCAAGAAUCAUUAGAUAGUACAGAGCGAUCAAGGAAGAAUUUGGAACAAAGUGAACAAAUUGGUGUCGCGACUGCGCAGGAUUUACUAAUUCAAAGGGAGAAGCUGAAACAUACGGAAAAGAAUCUUGAUGAUAUUGAUAAAACAACGAAAAUGACUCAGCGUAAUCUGAAUAGUUUAAAAUCCGUCUUCGGCGGUUUCUUCAGAAAUAAAUUUUCUCGUGCUCCAAAGGAGGAAUUGUCUAUGGCUCCAUCGAAAUCGGAUUCUGUUCUUGGGAAUACUGUGGAUAAAUUAAGUACUGAUACCAAAGCAGGUUCAAGUUAUACUGGAAGCGGCUUGUCUGGUCCAACAUUAAGUGAAAGCGCACGGGUUGCAAUCAAGGGAACACGUUGGGAGACGAUGGAUAAUGAAAUUGAUUCUAACCUCGAUUCAAUGAGUUCGCAGCUAGCUCGGUUACGUAUGCUUGGCAAGGCUAUUGGUGAAGAAGUUGAUUCCCAAAACGAAAUGUUGGAUAGAAUUCAAGUUAAAGCUGAACGUACCAAUGCACGUGUCAAGGAUCAGGAUAAGCAGAUGAAAAAGUUGCUUGGUUCAGCAGAGAAGGACGAAAUGCAACCUUCGCUGCCAUCUGUUAGUAAGAAGAGAAUUGUGUAUAGUGCGGUCAAAAGUGCUUUCUAAUAUCCGAACAGCUGCAGAUAAUCGAUGCGAAUAUCAUCUUUUUCUGCUCACUUCUGUAAUCUUUUUGCUUUAAAGUCUUUCCUAUAUACUCAAAAUAAUACAUAAGUAUAAUAUAUGUUGUUAAAAUAUAUUCAUGAAAAGCUAAACUUUCCUUACGAAAAUAAAAUUCCA